CUGAUUGGCUAAGACCUGAGGCUGGGGAAACGGGAAGCUAAAAAAAUCUUGUCAACUAAUGUACACGAAGGUACUACCGCUCAUACCUCGGAGCUAGCGUCGUGCACGUCAUUUUGGUAACAAAACCGACGAAAUGGGUUGUUUUUUCUCCAAAAAAUCCAAAAGAAAGUCAGAGAAAGAGGAACGUACGCCGACAACGACGACUGUUGAAACUACUGCCACAGGUAGCGCGGUUCCCCUUGGCAACAACACCGACGAGGCACCGAAGCAAUACAGCUGGGAUAAGAGGGAGAAGGUUGAUCCUAAAGAUUACAUGCUGACAGGCCUCAAAGACGCCAAUGUGGGUCGUCUUCCUGGAAAACUAAAUGGCCAACAGUUUGUCAUUCAGGAGUGCGAGAAUUGCAACAUCUAUGUGUUUGACCACUCUGCCACCAUCACCAUCGACGACUGUGUCAACUGUCGCAUUGUUCUGGGACCUGUCAAAGGCAGCGUGUUUUUCAGGGACUGCAAGGACAUCAAGUGUGUGGUGGCCUGUCAGCAGUUCCGCACACGAGACUGUAAAAAGAUGGAUGUGUUCUUGUGCUGUGCAACGCAGCCCAUCAUCGAGUCAUCCACGGGGAUGAGAUUUGGCUGCUUUCAGUACUACUAUCCUGAGCUGGCCUUCCACUUCAAAGAUGCUGGGCUGAGCAUAUUCAACAAUAACUGGAGCAACAUACACGACUUCACACCAGUGUCUGGGGAGAGCAACUGGAGCCUGUUAUCUGAAAGUGCUGCCGUGCCGGAUUACGUACCAACUCCAGACGCAGAGUCUGAGUUCAAGUCAGUUCGGAUCUUAACUGACCCGACUCGAAGCAUCGUGCCUUUGACGAAAGGAGGGAGGCGUAAGGAUAGUGACGAGUCAUGUCUGUUUGUUUUCUUUGCUGGUGAAUACACCACUGCCAACGCCCGCAAACUGAUCGAUGAGGCAACUGGUAAAGGAUUUGUACUGAUCCAGACCAAGGAAGUCUCUAUGCGGCCAGAGGAUGUGAAGAGAGUGUUCCAGAACAAUGCAGACGACCUUGUGGAGUGGAUCAGCAAAGGUCCCGUCAUUGCGCUGGAGCUGAACGGUGAUGGAGUCGUAGAGGCAUGCAAGGUCAUAUCAAAUGAAGUGUUCAGCGGGACGAAGGUCUUCGUGUCGGACAACAAAAACACAUCGUCUCGAGACGUUGACAACUUCUUCAACUUUGCAGACAUGCAGAUGGGCUUGUGAAUCAGUGAUGGACUUUCACUCAGGUUUUUACAACCUCACCAUCCAAAUUGAGUUGCAAGUGAACAUUUGGCUCUCAAAAAGUGAAUGAAGUACCUGGAAUAAAUUUGCUGUUACAAUAAAAAAAUAUCAGUGAACGAUUGCUGGCAGUUUUACAACAUUCUUCAUCUACUUUAAAAAGUGCUGUGAAUAUUUAUGUUUCUUUGAAUGUAUUUUUGGAACUAUGGACGUGGCAUUUACUGUCAAUUGAAUUUAUUUUUACGUAUGGCUUUGUGUUUCUUUGCUGACCAGUCUGCAGUGUAAAAAGCACAAGAAUGCCUGAGGGAAAAGUUUUAUAUAAUCUCAAUCUGAGUCAAAUGUAAAUGUGGUUUAGAAUCACUAUUUUAUUUAGUUGUGCACCUUCGUAACAUGCUGCUUAGUUACCAUUUCCAUUUUAUAAUCUUUUAGGCCAAAGUUCUUUCGAGACAAAGCGAGAGUCUUCAUGUUGCUGGCUUUUUUUUGUAGGUGAUUAUUGUGACAAAUCAAUUUUGUAUUUUGUGUUUGACUUCAUGUUUUUUGUAUAGAAUGAACUAAAGUGUGAUAAAAGAGU